CUAAAACAAGUUAGAAGAAACCAAAGAAAUUGAAAAAUUUGGGAGUAAGAAAUAAGAGUUGCAGAAUAAAUGUUCGAGAGCCUUCUUGCAGUAAUUUGAUCGUUUCCUUCUCCCAGUCACCACUUUCGUCUCAUCACUGGUCCCCUCUUCGCUUCGAUUCCAGACGCAAUUUCCGGUACAAGCUCCGGUACCAGCCUUCGCUCCGACCUAGGAUUUACUUGAAGCCCUGGGAAAGCAAAGAGAUAAGAUGACAGGUAAUGGUGAUCAAUUUGCUCUGCUAUUGUUUUGGGGAGGGGAAACAGUACACCGUGGAGAUCUAGGGUCUGUGGAUUACAGUGGGCAGGCGAAAUGCCUGUGUUUCUUGAGCCGCACCGUCAGGCACGAUGAGCUGGUGGCAAAAGUGCACGCCGAAAUGAAAACUGAUGGAACGAACACCACUGCUCUUGUGUUGUGUGGAAGGUAUCCAAUGAGUAUUCCCGGAGAUAAAGUGGUGUUUGUGUCAAUUCCCCUAACCGAUGACCAUUCGUGGCAGUGGUUUCUGGAGAAGGCUUUGCUUUCCCAACCGGUUCAUGUGUACUGUGACGCUUUCCCGGCUGGUUUGUGUUUUGGCCAGGGAGGACCAGUUAUCCGGUGUGGUGUCGGUUCAUCAGAUAAGGGAGAGGAUAUGAAUGUUGCCACUUUUUCUGGUUUUGUUUCCCAAGCAUAUGACAAAGCUGUGAUGGUGCCAAGUUUUUGUGAGAUGCUUGCAGAUAUUUGCCACCAGCUUAACUUCAUCAUGCCUCCUGAGGAGGAACCCGAAAAGAUAACGUUUAGUAAAUUGCUUAUUAAUCGCUGUGAGGAGGAGUUUGAGAGGAGAGGCAUGGAGAGAUGCAAAAGGGUUAGAGAUUUUGCUACUCAAAAUGAAAAUUGGACUCUUAUGAGGAGGAAGCUUGGGAAUGUGAGACUGAUUGGGGAGUUGUACAAGAAAAAGCUGAUAACCGAAAGCUCCAUUCAUAGCUGCAUUGUGAAAUUGAUUGGGGAUCGCGAAAAAACAGAUGAGGAAGACAUUGAAGCUCUCUGCCAUUUUAUGGAUAGUUUUGGAGAUUUCUUGGACCAAACUGGACCUAGGAACGACCAAAUGGAUUCGUAUUUUGAAGAGAUGGAAGGGUUGUCGAAACACCAAGAUUUGUCUUCUAGAGUAAGGAUGAAAUUGGUUGAUUUGGUUGAGUUGAGAAGGAACAAGUGGAAUCAGAAGACCAGCGGCGCGGCAAUGCAGAUCUUUGUGAGGACGCUGAGAGGGACGACGGUUGCUCUUCAGGUUGAACCAUCCGACACCAUCUACAGUGUGAAGGAAAAGAUUCAGGUCAGUGAAGGGAUGCUGCCCGACCAGCAGCGGCUCACUUUUUUGGGCAGGCUGGUCGAGGACCACCGCACUCUGGCAGAGUACAACGUCGUGAAGGACUCCACCCUCCAUCUAGUCCUCUGCCUCCGUGGUGGGUUCAAAGAUUGAGUGUUUCUUGCUUGCUUGAUUAAGCCUUGGGUUUUGCUAGUAAUUCUGGGGAUGGGAGUUUAUGUUUAGCUUGGUAUUCUGAAUGGAUAUGUGACUGUGAUUUAGCUUUCUGUGUAGAAAGGCAUGUGGAGAUAUUUGAAGGUUGGAUUUUGUUUGAGGCUUCUCAAUGGGAUUUUACUAUUUUGGAUUUUUGGUCAUGCAUCUUAAUGUUUUU